CCACAUGUGUAUAUUUUUGGUGUACCCGCGUUUGCUCCAAACUUUAUUUUUGUAUUUAUGUUUUAACAAUCAACAAAAUAAGAGGAAGGAUAUUAUUAACAAUUAAAUACAACUUAAUGACAAUCAACAAUGUCACGAUUAAUUAUUAAACAAUUACCAAACAACGUUACAGAGACUAAAAUAAAAGAAUUAUUUAGUCAAAAGGGUGUUGUAACUGAUGUACAAUUAAAAUACACUCAAGAUGGAAAAUUUCGUCAUUUUGGAUUUGUUGGAUAUAAAACAGAAGAAGAGGCAAAUGUAGCUCUUGAAUACUUUAAUGGAAGUUACAUGAAUGCCCAAAAAAUUAAAGUGGAAAAAAGUUCUGAUUUAGGUGAUGCCAAUAAGCCAAAAUCUUGGAGUAAAUAUGCACCAGACAGUAGUGCUUAUGAAAAAAAUGCCCAAAAAAUUAGUAGUGAUUCAAAAAAAAGUACAGAAAAAGAAAAGAAAUCUAAGAAAAAAAAAGAUAAAAAAAUUGAAGAAAGUAAUCAAGUUAAAGAAGCACUAGAAAAGCAUAUCAACGAUCCACUUUUCAAUGAAUUUCUUGAAAGUCAUAAAGUGUCUAAUGUUGAAAAAAUAUUAAUUAACAAUACAAUUAAAAAAACAAAAUCUGAAAAUGAAGAUUCAUCAAAUGACGAUGAGGAUGAUGAUGAUGAUGCUGCUGCUGAUAAAAGUACAAAAGACGAAGAAGACAAUAAAGACAAUGAAGACAUUAAAGAAGAAAAAUUAGCAAAUAAAAAUAUAAGUGAUCUUGAAUAUAUGCAAGCAUUAAAGAAAAAAAGUCAACCAGAUGACAGUGAAAAUGUUAAACCAGUUAAAGAAAAAAAAGAUCGUGAAAUUAAAAAAUUUUUUACAGUUAAAAUACGUGGUUUAGGAUAUAAUCAUAAAAAAAAACAUAUUAAAGAUUUUUUUAAACCAUUGAAAGCAAAAUCAAUUCGUGUACCACAAAAAAUAAAGGGUAUAGCUUAUGUUGGAUUUAAAACUGAAAAAAUAAUGAAUCAAGCAUUGAUUAAAAAUAAAAGUUUUUUAGAAGGUAAACGUUUAUUAAUAACAAAAUAUGAUGGUGAAAAAGAACAAGAUGAUAAAAAUAUAAAAAAUAAAGAUGAAAAUUGUCGAUGGAAAGCACAAAUUGAUGGAUUAAAAGAUGUUGAUGAAAUUGGUGAAUCUGGAAGAAUGUAUAUUAGAAAUUUAUCAUACACAACAACUGAAGAUGAUGUUAGAGCUUUAUUUGAAAAAUAUGGAACACUUGUAGAAGUAAAUUUACCAAUUGAUAAAGUAACAAGAAAACCAAAAGGUUUUGGAACAGUAACAUUUAUGAUGCCAGAACAUGCUGUUAAAGCAUUUACUGAAUUAGAUGGUUCAACAUUAAAUGGUAGACUUUUACAUAUAUUACCAGGUAAAGCACCACCAUCAUUAACAGAUCAACUUGAAAAAGAAGGUUUAUCAUUCAAAGAAAAAAAAGAUUUAAAACAAAAAGCAACAGCACAUUCAUCACACAAUUGGAAUACAUUAUUUCUUGGACAAAAUGCUGUUGUUGAAGCAAUUGCAUCAACAUAUAAUACAACUAAAGAAAAGGUUCUUGAAGAGAGUGAUGGUACAAGUGUUGCUGUUAGAGUUGCACUUGGUGAAACACAAUUAGUAGAAGAAACUAAAAAAUUUUUAGAAGAUAAUGGUGUUAAAUUAGAUGCAUUUAAUCAAGCACCAACUAACAGAUCUAAAACAAUUAUUCUUGUUAAAAAUUUACCACCAAAUACAAAAGUUUAUGAAAUUAGAGAAAUAUUUGCAAAACAUGGUGAACUUGGUCGUGUUAUUAUGCCACCAUCUGGUGUAACAGCUCUUGUUGAAUAUUUAGAACCAUCUGAAGCUAGAAAAGCCGUUACAAAAUUAGCCUAUACUAAAUUUAAACAUCUUCCAUUGUAUCUUGAAUUCGCACCUGAUAAUAGUUUAACACCAAGCAAUCGUAAACCAAGUAAAAAUAAUAAUACUGAUACUGAUAUUCCAAAUAAAACAUCUGAUGAAUCAACAACAACUGAAAUGAAAAAUGAAACAGUUAAAGAUGAAGAUGAAGAUGAGCCUGAACAAGACACAACUUUAUUUGUUAAACAUAUUAAUUCUACAACAACUGAUGACAUGUUAAAUGAAUACUUUAGUAAAUGUGGACCACUACAAUAUGCAACAGUUGCUAAAAAAAAAGAUCCACAAAAUCCAGGUGAAAAAUUAUCAAUGGGAUACGCAUUUGUUAGAUAUAAAUGCAAAGCAGAUGCUGAUAAAGCAUUGAAAGAUUUACAAAAUACAGAAUUCGAUGGUAGAACAUUGGAAUUAAAAAGAUCAGAAAGAACAUUAACAACUGAUGUUAAAACAACUAGAAAGACAUCAAAGACUGGAAAACAAUCUAGUUCAAUAAUUAUGGUUAAAAAUAUACCAUUCCAAGCAACUACCAAGGAAAUAAAAGAAUUAUUCAAUGCAUUUGGUGAAAUAAAAUCAACACGUUUACCAAAAAAAUACGGUGAAGAUGGAAGACAUCGUGGUUUUGGUUUUGUUGAAUAUCAUACAAAAGAACAAGCAGGGCGUGCUUUUGAAGCACUCAGUAAAAGUACUCAUUUGUAUGGACGAAGAUUGAACCUAGAAUGGGCUGCACUUGAGGAAGACGUGGAAGAUAAUAGAAAGCGAACUGCAAAACAUUUUCACCAAGGUGAAGCAUCAACAAAGAGAAGUAAAAAAGCUGUUUUAGAUCCUGAAUCUGUUGGUUUAUCUGCUGAAUAAUAAAAAUUUAAUAAAUUAUAUAAUGUAAAUAUUAUAACAACAAUAUUAAUUGUUGAUAUAAAUUUUGUCAUUUAAUUUUUGAAAUAAAUUUAAAUAAAUUUUUUGAAAUA